UACGCGGUCACACUGUACGCGUAAAAAAAGAAAAGAAAUAUUUGUACUAUUUUUCUAACAUUUAUACUCCUUUUUAUAAAUGAACACACAGCAACAAAUAAUGCUCGAAAGCCUAGCUUUAAGCAACUGAUAGCGGAACGCGUGCACUCUCUUCCCCUGCCGAGACCCAACACAACACACUCGAAUGCGGAAAAUGAUGUAAAACGGGGGGAAAUCUAAACCUGAAAGGCCCCACACAACAGCAGAGGCACAAAAUGGAAAGGCAUUAACCAGCACCAACAAACCACCACCAAUCACCACCCAGCAGAAGCAACCAAGAUGAAUCUGUCGUGGCGCUUUUGAGCAUCAAUCGAUCUUAGUUUGUUUGCCAACUUUCUGUUCAAGAAGUGCGAGACCAGUCCGCGCGUACGAUUCCGAUUCCGUCUGUCAGAGAACAACUCCUCAUCCCCCGUUUCCCCACCAUCCAGAGCCUAAUCCAAUUCCCACACGCACUCCCCGAUCCAGUGCACUGGUAGCUGCCCAUGAUGCAUAUCAAGAGUUUGCCCCAUGCUCAUGCCCAUGCCGCUGCCACGGCGAUGAGCAGCAACUGUGACAUUGUUAUUGUGGCCUCUCAGCCGCAGACGACGAUUGCCAACAACAACAACAAUGAUACGGUCACACAGGCCACUCAUCCCGGUCAUGUGUCAGCGGCGGCCCAACAGCAACAGCAGCAGCAGCAGGCGCAGCAGCAUCACCAGCAGCAACAGGCGCAACAACAAGCGCAGCAGCAGCAACAACAACAGCAACAGCAGUCCUCUGGGCCACCCUCAGCGCCACCAGCACCAGCGGAACUUGCCGCCUUACCCUUCCAAAUGCAUCUGACUGGGAUAUCGACGGAGGCGCAUAGUGCCGCUCAGGCUGCAGCCAUGGCGGCUGCUCAGGCCGCAGCAGCUCAGGCAGCGGCGGCCGAUCAGCAACCGCCGGCGCCUCCACCGCAUCUGGUGCAUCUGUCCACGCACAGUCCGACCAUGUCGAAUGAGCACUAUAUGGCCAAUGGCCAUGGCGAGCACCAAGGCGAGAGCGCUGGCAGUAAUGGAAACUCUGGUGGUAGCGGUGGCGGCGGCAGUGGCGCGAGAGAUCAGGAAAAGCCCUUCCACUGCACCGUUUGCGAUCGACGCUUCCGGCAGCUGAGCACACUGACCAACCAUGUCAAGAUCCACACUGGCGAGAAGCCCUACAAAUGCAACGUUUGUGAUAAGACCUUCCGUCAAUCGUCCACGCUGACGAACCACCUGAAGAUCCAUACGGGGGAAAAGCCCUACAACUGCAACUACUGUCCCAAGCAUUUCCGCCAGCUGAGCACUCUGGCGAAUCAUGUCAAGAUCCACACGGGUGAAAAGCCGUUCGAGUGCGUCAUAUGCAAAAAGCAAUUCCGGCAGUCCAGCACGCUCAACAACCACAUAAAGAUCCAUGUCAUGGACAAGGUCUACGUUCCUGUCAAGAUCAAAACGGAGGAGGAGGAGGGGUGACUAGGACGGAUGGCGUUGGCGGGGCAUCAUCAGCAGCAGCAGCAUCAGCAGCACCAUCAUCUGCCGCAGCAACAGCAACAACAUCCGCACCACCAACAGCCACCGCAUCCGCAUCAUACGCCUCCCCAUGCCCAUGCCCACCACAUCGAUCAUCAGCGAGGAAUAACCAUUACCACUCUGCCCGCCACCACGUCUGUGGCGCAACACCAGCAACAGCAGCAGCAGCAACAGCUCCUGCAUCAUGGCAAUGGCAGUUCGCCCCACCAUUUCAAUGUGGCCUCGUUGGGUGACUUGUCCAGCGCCAUGCAGCUGGGAGCUGUCACUGCGGAUGGGAACUUUGUCACCAUGAAUGGAGUGGUGGUGGGGCGCAUUCAGCACACGCGCGAAGAGCUGCAGCAGCUCGGAGUGAUUAAGGUCGAGUCACCAUCGAAUGGUGUGACCACCGUGCCGACGUCAGCGGCGUCGUCAACGCAGCGCGAGUGAUGAGUCGAUCGGCUGCUCCUCGAGUGUAUGCUCAAGGCCGAGCAGGAGAAGGAGGAGCAGCGAUCGAGCAAGAAGUGAGCCAUGUUUGGUGUGUACGCUUACGUUGUUGUUAGUUGUUUAAUUGUAGCGAACAUUGUUGUUGUUGUUAAGGUUUAAUGUGUGACUAAGAACUUACCAAGAUGAAUGUAUAGCAAAACGCUUCAAAAGUAGCUAACCGGCAGACCGCCAACACCACAGCAGCAGCACACAGCGUUCCCCCUGAAAACCUGAAAAAUCCCCCAAACACGAAAACAGAACAGUAACUAAAAAUGAACCAGAAGCAUGACCACAGACCCUUGAAGAAGUGCUGCUGUGUGGCAGCGGCACCCCAGCCCCAGCAUCUCACACCCAGCCCAACCCAAACCCCCAACGAGGCAAUAGUUUAAACCCCACUUCCUAUUCACAUAAAACACAACCUAAUCGUAAACCUAGCUAGGAGCAGAACUAGAAAGAAAGCUAAAAGUACUAAAAACACUAUUAAGCGAAAAGUCAUUGCGUUAAGUUGAUAAUAUGUGAAAUAAGCAAAGCGUAAACGAAAUGAAAAGAACAGGAAAAUAGCUUCACAAAGUGCAGACACUUUUAAAAUUGUAAUAACCACUUUCAGAUUGUUUAAAUUAGCAUUUAACUUUGAAGGGAACUUGUACAGACCUGACUUAGUCAGAGUUUCCAGUGGUUUAUCUAUUUUUUUAUGAACUUUCAUUCAGCAGACACAAACCGCUUGGGUGACGAUUUAUGCGGGUGUACUUCGGUCGUCUGGGUUGACACAAAUUCAAUUUGUUUUAUUCAAUUCCUAGCAUAAUUAUUUAAUUUGUAAUCUUAGAGGAGAAAAACCGAUAAAGGGAAAACCGCUAACGAAAAAAAAACAAUUCUUAUAGUUUUAAGUGGUCGAAGUGCAGAGAGCCAUAGUUUGUAGUGAAACGUUUUGUUAAUAUUAAUUGAUUAGUUUUAAUAGUUAUAAUUUCUACAUAAUUGGCACAACUUGGAUAAGAAGAGCAAGUCGCGCUAGCCUUCGACUAAAUAUUAGUUACGCUACUGAAGUAAACCACAAACUAAUGCUAAUGCUAUGAUAAUGAUAUGAUUAUGCGAUAGGAAAAGCGAAGCAAGUUCUGUACAAAGCCCAACUCCAAUUUUUUGUAUGUAUAAAUCGAGCAGCGCAGCGCAGCGGUGGUAAGGAGAGAAUUUACCCAAAAAUCAAUUGUAAAUCAAUCAACAAACAUUUUUUAAAGCGAAAAUAAUAUUUUCUAAAAAUA